AUGGCCAACCCUCCUCACGGCGGUAUCCUCAAGGAUCUGAUCGCCCGCGAUCUCCCCAGACAUGCUGAGCUCUCCGCAGAGGCAGAGAAGCUCCCGGCUAUUCUGCUGAGCGAGCGCCAGCUUUGCGACCUCGAAUUGAUCCUCAAUGGCGGUUUCUCUCCCCUUGAAGGUUUCAUGACCGAGAAGGACUACAAUGGAGUGGUCAAGGAGAACCGGCUCGCCGACGGUGCUCUCUUCAGCAUGCCCAUCACGCUGGACGUGUCGCAGGAGCUGAUCAACGAGGUCGGCGUGAAGCCUGGUGCCCGCGUCACCCUCAGGGACUUCCGGGACGACCGCAACCUGGCUAUUCUCACUGUCGAGGAUGUCUACAAGCCCAACAAGGAGCUCGAGGCCAAGGAAGUUUUCGGUGGUGACCCGGAGCACCCUGCUAUCAAGUACCUCUUCAACACUGCCAACGAGUACUACGUCGGUGGCAAGCUCGAGGCAGUCAACCGCCUGCAGCACUACGACUUUGUCGAUCUGCGAUAUACCCCCGCGGAGAUCCGCCUGCACUUCGACAAGCUCGGCUGGACCAAGGUUGUCGCCUUCCAGACUCGCAACCCCAUGCACCGCGCCCACAGAGAGUUGACGGUCCGCGCCGCGCGCUCCCACCACGCCAACGUCCUCAUCCACCCCGUCGUCGGCCUGACCAAGCCCGGCGACAUCGACCACUUCACCCGUGUCCGUGUCUACAAGGCUCUUCUGCCCCGAUACCCCAACGGCAUGGCCGUCCUGGGUCUCCUGCCCCUUGCUAUGCGCAUGGGCGGUCCCCGCGAGGCCAUCUGGCAUGCCAUCAUCCGCAAGAACCACGGUGCCACCCACUUCAUCGUCGGCCGUGACCACGCCGGUCCCGGCAAGAACAGCAAGGGCGUUGACUUCUACGGGCCCUACGACGCUCAGUACGCCGUCGAGAAGUACCGCGACGAGCUCGGCAUCGAGGUCGUCCCCUUCCAGAUGAUGACGUACCUGCCCGACAGCGACGAGUAUGCCCCCAUCGACACGAUCCCCAAGGAGACCCGCACCCUCAACAUCUCCGGUACCGAGCUGCGCGCCCGCCUCCGCAGCGGCCGCGACAUCCCGGAGUGGUUCUCGUACCCCGAGGUCGUCAAGGUCCUUCGGGAGUCGCACCCUCCCCGCUCCGCGCAGGGUUUCACCAUCUUCCUGACCGGCUACCAGAACAGCGGCAAGGACCAGAUCGCCCGCGCCCUGCAGGUCACCCUCAACCAGCAGGGCGGCCGCUCCGUCUCCAUGCUGCUGGGCGAGACCGUCCGCAGCGAGCUGUCUUCCGAGCUGGGCUUCAGCCGCGAGGACCGCCACAAGAACAUUGGCCGCAUCGCCUUUGUCGCCUCGGAGCUGACCCGCUCCGGCGCCGCCGUCAUCGCCGCCCCCAUCGCUCCCUUUGAGGAGUCGAGGGCGCACGCCCGCGAGCUCGUCGAGAAGUACGGCGACUUCUACCUGGUGCACGUCGCCACGCCCCUCGAGUACUGCGAGAGGACAGACAAGCGCGGCAUCUACAAGAAGGCCCGCGCCGGCGAGAUCACGGGCUUCACCGGUGUCGACGACCCCUAUGAGGCGCCGGCCCAGGCCGACCUGGUCGUCGACUGCGAGAAGCAGACCGUCCGGUCGAUCGUGCACCAGAUCGUGCUGCUGCUGGAGAGCAAGGGUCUCUUGGACAGAUCUCGCAAGAAGCCAGAUGCACCAUCCCGCCCGCCGGCCGCCUUUCUGGCCCGCGGCGUUGGUGCCGGCGCAGAUCUGGUGAUGGAGGCACAACGUUGGGCACCACACCCCGCCGCGGUGGAUGGUGUUAGCACUUGGCGGGUGGCCCACCGCCUAGCCACGCCCGACCCGUCCCUUGUCUUGCCGCUGUGGCACCCCCACCAGCUCGCCUAUCGAAUCACAAUCGGGCUCCUCUCGUCAACAGCUGCAGCCGCUGAGCCUGUGAAUUCCAGUCGCCUCUUCCCAGGUCUGCCUGGUGUUCAUGUCUUUAGAUCCUUGAACCCAUAUUCUGUAACUCAUCAUCAAUUUCCGAAUCGUCGUGGAGACACCAUCGCGGCGACCCUCCAGCAGCUUCCCCCAGAACGACGAUCCAACCUUGCGCGGGCGAGCUUAGCGGGCGACAAAGUACCGAGACUCGAGUCGGGCUGGCAUGGUGCGCCUGCCAUGCCUUCCAAGGAUCGUGAUCGGGAUGUGACCGAGGUGGAAGAGCGCCCCAAGGAGAAGCGGCGGAGCAGCAAGAGUGAGCGCUCGAGGAGGGAGGGCGAGAAAGACACAGACUCGACGACGCACCGUCACCGCCACCACAAGUCCUCGCGAUCCUCCAAGUCGAGGCCGACCGACAGCGAGACCCACUCCCAUUCUCACCGCCGACACAGGACCAAGGAAGACCGCUCACGGUCCUCGUCCAUGGUCGACCUCGUGCCCGAGCUCAACAGGAGCGGCGAGCGAGUAAACAUACCAUACCCCUCCUUCAGCAAGGUGCACAGCAAGGAGAAUGUCUUCAGUCGGGAGGACCUCUCCGCGACGUCGGCCCGGCGGACGGACCCGUUGACGCCUGAAGCUACGGACGUCGGCUCGGAGAAGAUCAAGCGCUCUAAGUCAGUCGACUACUCUCCCACCCGAAGGACGUCAUCGUCGAGAAAAAGCCGUCACAAGGAUGACCGCCCGCCAAGCCCGCCAGAGACGAAUCUCUCGGACCAGAAAGAGCGCAGGAGAUCGGGGACACCCUCUUCCGGUAGGUCCAAGGACAAGGAACAAGACGGGGAGAGGCCUCGUUCUCGAACUUCGUGGCUGUCGCGAUCCACUGCGAAGAACGAUGACAAGUCGAAACUGUCGGUCAAGUCACGGACAUCUAGCCAGGCGACGUACAUAAAAUCGCCCUCGUCAAAGCAGACCUUUGCCGAGACCAGGACGAACAUAUCAUCAGCUGUGAGUGGGCAGACUGAAGGGCAAGAGUCGAAUGCGACAUCCAUACCGCCGAGGCGCGAUGUAUCUGGCGAGACGGUGAAGCCCGACCACCUCGAUGUGGACUUCUCACCAGAAUCUGCGCAAGACUCAUCGCCGAAGACACCAACCCAGCAUCCCCAGUUUCCGCCUCACAUACCUCCCUCAGAUGAUAAGCCCAUGCCGCAUCACAUACGCUUCGAAGAACCAGACAUUAGGUCAGAGACGCAAACGCCUGCAACUGACUUUGGCGCUGCACCCCCGCCUCCGCCGCCACCACCUCCUCCUCCGCCCCUAGACAUACAAGAGGUACCGCGCGUGGACUACUUGAUGAUGAACGGGGGGCUGCAACAGCCGGUCCCAAAGAACUUCCUUGCAGUCCUUCCCAGACAGAAUGGCACGCGACCAUCAAAUCCACCCCUCCGAGGUGCAGAGACGCUCUUUGCCCCUUUCUUUAACCUCCUCAACCAGUACCAGGAAGUCCUCAGCCACAGCGGCUCGGUUGCUGUUGCGACAGGACAUCGCACGGUAGCCCGUCGCUUGCUCGAUCGUCUGGAGAACGUCUUCUCAAGAGACUUGCCCCCUGAGGGAUGCUCAUGUGUCAUCUGCGAAAGAUCCGAGGAGACGCAUCGAGGUCUCGGCUGGGGUGAGGUGUUGGAGAGGGUCAGCGGCAGAGUUGACCUGCCGGCAUGGCCGCCGUUCGACCUUGCCGAGCUGGGCCAAAAGAACAUGGUCGAGGUGGAAGUACCAGCAAGGCCAGCAUCGCCGAUCAAGAUGGACCCGGACAUCGGGGAGGAGUUCCGCGAACACUAUCUGAGACAGAACAAGAGAGUCCGGUCAAGCGUGGACAAGUGGAUGUCCAACUGUGCCGAGUCGGCUGUGGCACCUCAGGAGAUCGACGACGAGACGCUCACCUUUGCCAUCUUGACGAACCUGGACCAGGACGAGCGGCCGUUCUUCAACGCCCUGCUUUCUGGGACGAGGGAUGUUCAGCCCGUCCUGAGGUCACCGACGCCGAUGCGGAAACCGAGGCAGGACUUCCUGAUAAAGACGGGCCUGUCCCUGCAAAGGUUGUACCGCUUGCAAAUGACCCCUCGAGACGCCGAGGUUGCAGUCUACCUCGUACGGAACCCCUACAUGCACGAUCUACUGCACACGAUCUGCGAUAUAAACCCGUCUGAAUGGGAGAUUCUCACAUCGGGCCGCUUCGACGGGUUCCUCUGGUCGGGGGUCGAUCCGGACGAGGCCAUCACCCCGACCGCAGAAUCGCGCGGCGCCACGCCCGCCAGCGGCUUCUUCUCCCCUCCUCCCCGCGGCGCGGCCUUCAGCCCUGGCAGCGCUGCCGGGCGUGUCUUCUCCCCGGCCAUGGGGCCCAUGGGAGGGCUCAACUCGCGCACCACGACGCCCUUCUCCCGCGGGCCCACGCCCGCCUCCUUCGUCUCGGGCAUGUCGAGCCGCGUCUCGGCCGCGACGGGCGCGGGCAGGCACCAGGCCGUCUCCAACGACGAGGAGCAGGAGAUGGCCGUCCUGGCCGAGGUCGAGCGCGAGAUCUACGUCGGCAUGGAGGCCCUCGAGGACGCCUUCGAGACGCUGCACCACAAGGCCGAGCAGGUGCGCACGGCCCUGCGCCGCCGCGGCGCGGGCCUCAUGCUCAACCUGCAGCACCGCCGCGGCGGCGGCAUCGACGUCUUCCCCAACUCGGGCGACUCGGCGCGCCCGGGCUACGAGAGGCCCGGCUGGGCCGCCGGCGCCGGCGCCGGGGGCGACGAGGAGUCCAUGGCCAGCGAGAGCGACUGGGGCGGCGACGACUACUUUGAGAUUGCGCCCGACGACUCGGCGAGCAACAUCAGCAGCUCGCGCACCCGGCGGCCCAAGCGCCGCAACGAGCGGAGGACGCCGGCGCCCAUCGAGGAGGAGGAGGAUGAGUAA